AUGGUCAAGGCUACUGUCAUUGGUGCUGCCGGCGGUAUCGGCCAGCCCCUCUCGCUCCUCCUGAAGCAGUCGACCCUCAUCACCGACCUCGCCCUCUACGAUGUCGUCAACGCUCCCGGCGUCGCCGCUGACAUCUCCCACAUCAACACCCCCGCUGUCGUCAACGGCUACCUCCCCAAGGACGACGGCCUCGCAAAGGCCCUCAAGAACGCCGACAUCGUCGUCAUCCCCGCCGGUGUUCCCCGCAAGCCUGGCAUGACCCGUGACGACCUCUUCAACAUCAACGCUGGCAUCGUUCGCGACAUUGCCGUCGGCAUCGCCGAGCACUCGCCCAAGGCCUUUGUCCUCGUCAUCUCCAACCCCGUCAACUCGACCGUCCCGAUCGUCGCCGAGGUCCUCAAGAAGAAGGGCGUCUUUGACCCCAAGCGCCUGUUUGGUGUCACCACGCUCGACAUUGUCCGCGCGUCGACCUUCAUCUCGGAGGCGGCGGGCAAGCCCACCGAGUCGCUCAAGUACAAGAUCCCCGUCAUUGGCGGCCACUCUGGUGUCACGAUUGUCCCCCUGAUCAGCCAGAGCCAGCCCAGCAUCGACGUGUCGCAGGAGAAGAUUGAGCAGCUCACCAACCGCAUCCAGUUUGGCGGUGACGAGGUUGUCAAGGCCAAGGACGGCGCUGGCUCGGCCACGCUCUCGAUGGCCUACGCCGGUGCCCGCUUCGCCAUUGCCGUCCUCGAGGCCGCCUCUGGCAAGAAGCUCGAGACCACCGAGCAGGCCUACGUGCACCUCAGCGCCGACUCGAACGGCGCCAAGGAGGUCACGUCGGUUAUUGGCAACGACACCCCCUACUUUUCGGUGCCGCUCGAGCUCGGCCCCAACGGUGUCGAGAAGAUUCUUCCCCUCGGCAAGGUCAACGAGUACGAGCAGGGCCUGAUCAAGAAGGCCGUUGCCGACCUCGGCGGCAACAUCAGCAAGGGCGUUGCGUUCAUCGAGAGCUCCAAGCUCUGA